AUGAAUGGAGGGGUCAUUUUCAUCAAGAGAAAGAGUUGUAAUUCUUGGCAUUUGCAACAUGAAGGACUUGCCAAUGUGAUUUUCUUAAAGUGUGGCUGUUCUUUUUGUUCUUUGGGUGUGGGAGGACGUUAUGACGAUACAACUUCCUCUGCGACUCAUAGUGAUUCAUGGGAAGCGAAAUAUGCUCUUGUGAUCCUUUUUCGAAAAAGAAAACACAGUAGUCGGAACGUUGAAUGGCCUUCACAUAACAUUGACAAUUAUUUUGAGUCAGUUUUCAAACCAUCCAAAAACUCCACGGCCAACAAAUUCACUCCCAAUGCCUUUGGUCAAGAGUGGGUCAGAUCUCACGUCCCAAAGGUUUUAUUCAGCAAAUAUGGCAUUGCUGUGGAGAGAAUGUUCAGAAAACGAGAGAAGCAUUGUGAUUUUCCAAAAAGUGCGAAAAAAAAUCGAGUAAAAUCGAAAACGACUUGCUCAAAUUCGGUCAACCGAGAAUUCAAGAAAUCCAUGACACCUUUUCACCUUCAGGAAAUUGUGGACAAGAUGCAAGAAACAACUAUGGUUAAAGCAUUCAAGGGCAUACAGGAUUUAAUGGAAGAUGGUGAAACUAAGGAUGAUGAUUUCAUGGAUCCCGAAGAUGAUGAUGAUGAUGAUUUGAAGGAUUAUGAAGAGGAUGACGAGGAUGACGAUUUGAUCGAUUUCCAAGAUGGUGUCGACAAGGAAGAACAAUCAUCGAACAAUGAUGGUCAUUCUAAUCCACCAGUGAAUACUAAACCAAGUCAAGUUGAGAGAAAAGUUUGUGGAACCUCCAUGUUGAGAAAUAGUUUUCAAAAACAUUUGGCUCAGCACGCCAUGGCGGUCUCCAAAAUCCACAAAAUGUAUCGUUGUGCGAUCUGUGAUGAGUGUUUUAAAACACAACAAGACUUAGGAAGUGAAUUCACACAAUUCUUUGCUUGUCAAAUGUCAGACUUGUGA